CUUCCCGCUGACUCUUUGCCUGAAGGAUGCAAGAUGUCCGGGAGUGAUGUUGAGCACGCUUCCCGGCUCUUAGACGGCAGCCGGCGCCUAUCUUCCUCGAACACUCACGAUAUCCACGAUCCCUAUUACAGCUCCCCGUCAAACAACCUUGACCACGUCUCCCUAGUCGCGCCGUCCUUCUCUCCUGUUCCUUCUUUGUCGGGUAUAACAUAUCCCGCCCAACCAAGUCUCACAAGCCUGCAACCUUACUCCCUACCUGCGACCCUUCCUGUCGACGAUCACAAGAACACUUCUGGCCGAUCUUCGCCUGACCCCGACGAUUUCUAUCGACCGCAUCUGCCCACAAGUGCUGGUGUUGUGAAUGAUGGUGCCGUGGUAGAAGACGACAGUGACGUAACCGCAGAGCAGCGUCCUCAACUCUUCCAGCGUGUCUCCUCGGUACCAAUACACUCGAUAGAGUCCCCUGGUGGGAGUGUGGGUCAGGGUCGUUCAGUAUCGGACUCAUCGUUUAAGGGCGUCGGAGGUAAUUCCGCUUGGGGCUCCUCCGCGCGGGUCUCGACGGCAAGGGCCAGACAGACGCCAUUCAAAGACCUGAUCAACAGAUUCAACAACAACAGCGAUCAGGUUCUUCCCGUUCCUUCGUCCCUCACAUCUGGAUCUCGGGCACCCUCGAGGGCUGCAAGUCCUACCAGUCCAGCAGGUGGAUUACCUCGAUCGGGAACUCUUCCGCGGUCUCGUGAAGCUCGCGAUACGACGAAUACACAAGAACUUCCCCGCUGGCAUUCGCUGGAUACAUUUGGCGAGGACGCAUCGGAUCUGGUUCCUCUCCCGCUCAGACCCAAUGACCUGGAUGGAAACCUGAAUCACCGCAAUUCAGAAACCAACUCUCGUCGUGCGGUGUUUGGCGAGAAGCUCAUUGUUGAUACGGGAUUUCUGAAUGCUGAGUAUGGUGCUUCGCGUCGUCGCGGAUCUGAAGGGAAUAUUCUCAGCUCAAGUCCGGCGUUCUUAGACCAGCUUGAGAAUUCGACCGGUUUGACUCCACUGACACCUACCGCAUGGUACCUUGGACGGACGCCAUUUUUGGAAGAAGUGAGUACAGGUACAAGUCCCAACGAUCACAGAAGAACGAGAAGCGAUUUUGUCGGGAAUUGGUCGGUGGGCGCGACGGCACACCCUCCUGAUCUUCACAUGGCUGUCCCAGCCCCCUUGCAGUCCGGUGCUCAGACAUUCCACGAACAUUCACAUACCAAAUCUCGCAUUCCGAUCUCAUCCCACCGCCUGCAUUCAACAUCGGACUCAGACGAAUCCUCAUCUCCUUCGAGGGCCGAUUGUACGGGGUCCAGAAGUCGUUCUGCAGCCCGAGUUCCCCUGCCACCCAAAGGCACUAGCCGCCUCCCCAAACCGUCGCCCAAAGCACAGCGUGACACGUCACACGAUGAUCACAAGAUCUUCAUAACACCACCACGCACACAUGCCCGGUCCCGUCGUCAGAUCCAUGAAAGAAGUGGUCUCUUAGAAGCCUACAUAGCCGCGCCUCCGCCAGCCAAAUCGCCUCCUCUCCGGAGUUCCCGGCCUCGACAACCCGUAUCGCACACUACCCUCCAAAACCCCCGGUCAAAAGUCGUCGAAACCGUGUCGAACAUUCAGAGGCAGAUAAAUCGUGACCGAGAGCCAAGGAGCUCGCGACCUCGGGAUCGUAGACUGCCGGAGUUGGGUCAUGUCGACUUUGCGACCCGGCGUGAAAAGAUCCAACAAGCCUUCAAUCGCACGGUUCAGGAGAAUGAGAGGAAGGAGGAGAAGGCGGCUGAAAUCCGACGUCGAAACAAGGAUUUGGACGACAAACAAGGAAUUGCCGCCAUCGAACCGGAAGUUUCGCAUGCAGAGCAACAAGACGUGGUUGAGCAUGCGCUCAUGAAGGAUGACCUCGCUGGGACAGACGGUUCAGUGGAUGUAAGUCAUGAACAAUCGGAAUUGGAGCUGAAGGUCGAAGAGACUCGGACGCUACCCCAAUUGUAUGUCAAUACGGACGUGAUGACCCAGGCAAAGCAAGCCGGAACCUUCGAUGCGCAUACAACCAUGGAUUCCCCAACACUUGGGCAUCAGCCUGCCCUCGCUGGUGAAAUGAGUAUUGACUGCGACGCACACGGUGCUCCUGCAUCGGCUAUAACCUCGGGAUCCAAUGAGACACAUGUAACCGCUUUCGACAUAGAACCACAAGUCGACCUAACGCAAGAUAAACAGGCGUCACAUCGAGCAUUUUUGAACCAAAUUAUGCACUUACGCGAGUCGAGCUCCAGCAGCUCGUCGUGUGACGAGCAAGACUGCAGCGUCUCCGAGACCGACGAUAAAGAGUCGGUCCCCAUCAUGCUACGGGAUGCGCUAGGCUAUGAUGACCAUACAGACAGCAGCGAAAAUCAGGAGCAAUGUGAUCUCUACACGCAAAACGAGACGACAGACAACGAAAUGUCGAACCGGUGGAGUAUUAGCUCUUGGUCAUCAUCUCUCCACAACCAGCAUUCUACAGACGAGCAGUGCGAGGGCAGUGGCGACGAACUCCCACAACCUCGCCACUCCACCGAUGAUAGUGAAAUUGCGACACAAUCAUGUUCCGCAUCCUCCAGUACUCCGUCUGUGACUGGCCAUCCGCCUUCGAACGCAUUGGCACACGAUUCGCCAUACGAUCCAAGGGUCGAGUCUGUGCUCCAGGCCAACCCUUAUGCAAUUACCAGUGCGCCUAGCUUAGCCAGACUGGGUGGAUGGGAUUCCAAGCGAGUCAGUCAGCUCUAUAUACAAGAGAUAGCCAGUGGCAGAGGGCUUGACCUUCCCUUGCCAGCUAUACGUGCAUCUCCGGAGCCUCAACAGCUAAACGCUCGUACGAGGGAAGAUGGCAUGUCCCAAGACCAGAUCUUGCUCCCUCUUAACGCAGAGACUCCCGCCUCGGAUCGAAUGAGGCACACAGCCAGCCUCAUCAUGCGCGACGAUUGGGAGCAUGCGUCACCUUCUAUCAUGGACUGGAUGCAGGUUGCUGCCGAUGGGUCAACUCCACAAAGCGAACAAAGCGACUCGGCAUCUAAACUCGACAAUGCUUCCACGCCGCGUUUGGACAAAUCCAUCGUCCAGGCCGAGUCUCAAAAAGAGGAAAGGGAACGUCUAGGCCUGGCAAUUGAUGUUCAGAUACCCCAGGAAUCGAAAUCUUAUGAGCAUAGCUCUAGUGUUGGUCAUGUGCAAACGGCGAUAGACAAUGUGCACCCACCCACUCAAUAUGCUUCAACCGCAACCGUUGCAAAUCAGCGUUUUAGCACCUACAUCAACGGCAUAUUCUCCCCCCUGGACCCUAUCAAUAGCACGGGAAGUAGUGAGAACUCAUCCCUCCAGCGGCUUGAACCUACGCUAUCUCCUGAAACACUGCACUCGUCUGCAACAUCGCUGGCGCCUUCAAGCUCCGAGCACAUCCAGUCAAAGCCACAGUCACCUUCACCAGAGCAACGACGAUUGAAGAAGCGACGAAACGUGAUCAAGGAACUAGUGGAUACUGAGUACACCUUUGGCCGAGACAUGAAGGUUGUCGAUGAUAUAUACAAGGGAACUUCAAGUUCGUGCUUGGAUCUCUCUUCUGAGGAUGUCAAAGUUCUCUUCGCAAACUCAGAUCAGGUCGUUCAGUUUUCCAUGGCAUUCCAAGAUGCUCUCAAGGAAGCCGCGAAGAGUGUUUAUGUGAUGCCUAAAUCGCAAAGAUGGAGCAGCAAGCGCAGUGCGCGACACCGCCAAACUUCAAGGAAUGAAGACAAACCAGACAACACGGGUUUGUCGGACCAUGAGAAGGAUCAGAUGACCUUCAUCGGACAGGCAUUCGUGGCGCAUAUCGGCUAUAUGGAAAAGGUCUACGCGGACUAUCUUAGGAAUCACGACGCUGCUAACAGGAAACUUCAAACUCUGCAGCGAAACCCUAAGGUAGCGAUUUGGCUCAAAGAGUGUCGGGAUUGGGCUUCUGACCUUACAACUGCAUGGGAUUUGGACUCCUUGAUUGUCAAGCCUGUGCAAAGAAUCCUGAAGUAUCCCCUCCUACUUUCAGAACUUCUUGACUCGACACCGAGUGAUCAUCCUGACCGGGCUGCUCUUAUUACUGCUUUUGAGGAGGUCACCAAUAUAUCCGUCCGAAUCAAUGAGAUGAAAAAGCGUGCGGAUCUGGUGGGUCAGGUGGUUGGACGCAAACGAAAAGAGUCUGAUGUUCGGACCGGCUUGUCCAAGGCAUUUGGCCGACGCACCGAAAAAUUGAAACAGCAAGUAGGGCUCACCGAUUUGUUUGAGGACAAGGAGUACGAUAGCCUAUCCCAAAAAUUCGGGGACAACUUCUUCCAGCUGCAGCUUGUCAUGCGCGAUGCAGAAUCAUACACAAAGGAGGUUCAGAGUUCUCUGGACUGUUUCGCCGAAUUUGUCAGCGCGAUUGAAGGAUUUAUCGAUGUUUCCCAAUCUAACUAUGUCGAGCUGGAAGGUAAAUGGCGAGAGCUUACAGCCUCUGUCCAAACCAUCAUGACAGUGACUUUACCCGACCACCUUGCAAUUGUUCGGAAGAGCGUUAUUGAUCCGAUGAUCACCCUACUCAAGCUCCACGACGGCCCACAAAGAGUAAUGAAGAAACGCGAUAAGCGACUUAUGGACUAUGUUCGCUUCAAGAGCAUCAAAGACCGAGGGGAUAGGCCUGACAAGAAGACGACGGAACAAGGGGAACAAUUCAUCGCCCUCAACGAGACCCUCAAGGAUGAGCUUCCGAAGCUCUAUGCUCUAACUGCGAAAUUAAUGGAAGCGUGCCUGAAGAACUUUGUGCAGAUCCAGACUACCUGGUUUCACCAGUUACAGCGGAACCUAGGACCCUUGUUUGAAGCCUUCCCAGAUGACAUCCAAAAGAUCGUCGAAAAUUGGUCCUCCAAAUUUAAUUAUGCUGAAGGACAGGUGCUAUCCCUCGGAAUCUGCAAUGGAUCCCUGCUUGCUGAUACUGUCAACCUCGUCAACUUCAACACGCCCUCGACCGGGGCGACCAUCAGCUCGCCCCGACGACCUUCCACGGUCAAUAGUGUCAGCACGCGCAUGGGUUCGACAAUUGAGGAGUCGCCCAAAGCGUCUCAAGACUUCAGCAUCGGCGGCUAUCCUUUCCAGUCGCCGAGUAUUGACGGCCAAUCUCAAGUAUCUCUGGGUCGCCGUAGGGCAGAUUCGACCUUUUCCGGUCGUGCGCAUGAUUCUGCCGAACUUCCCCGAAGCCAGAUGCUUCAACAAGUCACCAGCGGAUCAUCAGGGUCGCUUGUGGCAUCCAAUUCUAACACCGAGUCUUUCCCGAGCCUACCUAGGUUGAGCCUCGACUCUCCAUUCUUGGUCGAUGUCAUUGGCCCCUCACAAGCGGAGACCAGGGCCGAAGAAGAGCAGCAUGCGACGUCCAGUGACCAAUACUCGAACUUCUUCUCCUCAGCGAUGCCGAUGUCGGACAAUCCGCAAGAGAACACGCCACUAGAAAAUGAGCAUCCAAAGGAGCCAGCAGUUCUUUUCCUCGCGGCUAGCAUUUACGAAUUCAAUAUCGAUCGAGCUCGCAGGGAAGCUGGCUAUCCAUAUUUAACAUACGUUGUGGGCGAGAUCUUCGAUGUCAUCGCCGAGAAGGGCGAAUUGUGGCUGGCUAAGAACCAAGAUGACCCCGAGCGUCAGGUCGGCUGGAUCUGGAACAAACACUUUGCGAAGCUUACGAACUAGAAUACCUUUCUGCAGGUUUUCGACGCCGAGAAAGCAGCCCGGAGAACUGAGUCUCAGGUGAUGAACUGUUGGCGACAACCCAUUGAAAUCUACUAUAUCAUGCGAUGGCAUAUUUACCACAUUCAAUACCCUGCAAGGUAGCGCCUUGAACGGCGUGACAUUGUCUGUGUUGUUUUCUUUUACUCUUCUAUUUUCCGUUCUUAUCUUUUCCCAUUUUGAUUGAAUUCAGCGGGUUGGACGGUGAUCUUAUGCUGGCGAGAUUUCCUGGUUCCACUGGUAGUAUGGGAUUGUGUUGUUUGGGCGCUUGAUAUGACUGGAUGAAAAGAUGUGUGCAGGUGGGUUUGUAUGGUUGGUGUUUUUAUGCUAAGGGCGCGUUUUUUUUUUUUUUUUUCUCUUUUCACCGGCCAUUGCUGUUACUUCUGCUCAAAGAGCCUGUACGCAUGCCUUUGGAGAUGUAUUUUGUUUAGAUACCCCUCG